AUGUCUGCUAUGUAUUUAAGUCGAAAAGAGAAAUUCGGAUUUAUUGAAUAUUUUCGAGAAAAGUGGGGAAAAAGUCUGAGACUAAAAGUGCUGCAGAAGGCAGAGUUUGCACGGGAUUUGACGGAGGAUCAACAACGUUUAUAUCGACCAAGAAUGAAAAAGAAAGAGUCGAAUUUGUUCCCCAAACUGACAGCACAUUUGAUGUUAUAUCUUGGUCAAGUUGGUCAUAGCACAGUGUUGGAUCAACCUUUGGGCGUGUCUGUCGAGCAUUAUGCAGCGGGUAAUUUGAUCGGCAUUAAACACUUUGUAAUUUCUGAACUCUCAAUGAAAUAA